CCGUGAUCCCUCUCCCUCUGCCGCACGGCCCCAGCUCGGGCCGGUCCGUCCAUCGGCGUCCUCUUCCCCGUGCGUCUCCCCACGGCGAGGACGACUGCUAGUUUAUAGCUUUUGACUCCUCCGCUCGCCUUUUCCUCUCUUUUCUUUCGGUCUCGGGUUCCCUCGCUCCCAUGCCACCUCGCCACAGCGGCGCCAGCAGCUUUCCUGUGCUCUCCUCCUCCCACUCCCGGUAGGAUCUCCAGAGAGAAAGAGAGAUAAAGAUCGAGAGGCGGGUGUAUGGAGAUGCCGGCGCCGCCGCCUCCAUUGCCGCUCCCGUGCCUCUUCUUGCUGCUGCUGCUGCUGUGCUCGUGCUCGCUGGCCAGCGGGAGGGCCGCGGUUUCUUCCCCGGCUCCGUCGUCGGUGGCCGCAGCCGCCGUCGCCGCCAAUGGGACCGCGUCCUCUUCCUCUUCCCCGGUGGUUCUGGCGCCUCCCCCCUUCGUGAUCACAGUGGAGAGGCACCACCACUACCACCGGGAGCUGGUCAUCGCCACCGUGCUCGCCUCCGUCGCCACCGUCAUGAUCUUCCUCACCACCUUCUACGCCUGGACCAUGUGGCGCCGCUCCCGCCGGAUCCCCCACGGCAAGGCCGCCCGGAGACCAGACACCGCCACAAGGGGGAUCACCCUGGUGCCGAUCCUGAGCAAGUUCAACACGGUGAAGAUGAGCAAGAAGGGGCUGAUUGCCAUGAUCGAGUACCCGUCGCUGGAGGCGGCGACGGGCAAGUUCAGCGAGAGCAACGUGCUCGGCGUCGGCGGCUUCGGCUGCGUCUACAAGGCGGCGUUCGACGGGGGCGCCGCCGCCGCCGUGAAGCGGCUCGAGGGCGGCGGGCCGGACUGCGAGAAGGAAUUCGAGAAUGAGCUGGAUUUGCUUGGCAGGAUCAGGCACCCCAACAUAGUGUCCCUCCUGGGCUUCUGCGUCCAUGGUGGCAAUCACUACAUUGUUUAUGAGCUCAUGGAGAAGGGAUCAUUGGAGACACAGCUGCAUGGGCCUUCACAUGGAUCGGCUAUGAGCUGGCACGUCCGGAUGAAGAUCGCGCUCGACACGGCGAGGGGAUUAGAGUAUCUUCAUGAGCACUGCAAUCCACCGGUGAUCCAUAGGGAUCUGAAAUCGUCUAAUAUACUCUUGGAUUCGGACUUCAAUGCUAAGAUUGCAGAUUUUGGCCUUGCAGUGACCAGUGGGAAUCUCGACAAAGGGAACCUAAAGAUUUCUGGGACCUUGGGAUAUGUAGCUCCUGAGUAUUUGUUAGAUGGGAAGUUGACUGAGAAGAGCGACGUCUACGCGUUUGGAGUAGUGCUUCUAGAGCUCCUGAUGGGGAGGAAGCCUGUUGAGAAGAUGUCGCCAUCUCAGUGCCAAUCAAUUGUGUCAUGGGCCAUGCCUCAGCUAACCGACAGAUCGAAGCUCCCCAACAUCAUCGACCCAGUAAUCAAGGACACAAUGGACCCAAAGCACUUAUACCAAGUCGCGGCGGUGGCCGUUCUAUGCGUGCAGCCUGAGCCGAGUUACAGACCGCUGAUAACUGAUGUUCUCCACUCCCUUGUUCCUCUGGUGCCCGCCGAUCUCGGGGGAACGCUCAGAGUUACAGAGCCACAUUCUCCACACCAAAUGCACUAUCCUUCUUGAAAUGUGAUCCUGCAAGUUUCGUCGAAGCGGGGAAAAAAGGGAAUUAUACGGGUCCAGCGUAGAUUGCUGUUUAUUUUGUAACUUAUAUCUUACAUGUCCUUGCUGGUUAUCCGAGGAUGAGUGAGAGCUCCAACCUGCUGCUUUUGCUGGUUGGGCAGAGAGAAUUCUGCUUUGGAGAGAGUUGUCUCAUAUAUAUCUUUUUCAUGUACAAAGAAGCCAAGAAAUCUUUUUUUUCU